AUUUUUAUACAAUUUUAAUGGUUGUGGCUUUCCUCCUUUUGUCAAGACGACUUGGCUUUCCCCCUUUUGUCAACUUGAACCAGACAUUAAAGAAAACAUGUAUGGACUUAUUUCCCGGGUCAUUAAUGGGUCGAUGGUCAAGCUAGAAACGUAAGGCGGGCACAAGAAAACCCUCUGCCAGUCAAGUCAAAUGCCGUGAAAAUCUGGGUUAAUGUGGAUUGAAAUGGCCGACAAAAGAAAUCACAGCCAUAAAUAACUUACCCCAUUUGUUUGAAUUUUGUAUCAAUGCCUUCACUGGGCUAAGGAAGUUUCAAAACCUGAAAUACCUACCCUACUUUUUGGAAUUUGCUGCCUUUUGUUGUGUCAUUCCGUCGAGUUUCAGAGGCAUUGAAGCACAAUUCCAGUCGUUGCAUGGGAUAGAAUGGCAAAUGACGAAUUUAGAAAUGCCAAGACAUCAGUAUGGUGGGAUUUGGAGAAGUGCCCAGUGGCUUUCGGGGUGGAUCCUCAUUCGAUAGCGCGGAAUAUAAGGUCGGCACUGUCCAAGUGUGAUUACAAAGGUUCAGUAUCCAUCACUGCCUUUGGAGACACCCGCGCCUUAUCGCCAACUAUACAGCGUGCCCUCUCCAGCACAGGGAUUGCUCUUCACCAUGUGCCAUCUGGUGUUAAAGAUGCUAGUGACAAUAGUAUUUUAGUUGAUAUGCUGUUCUGGGCAGUGGACAACCCAGCCCCAGCAAAUUAUUUGCUUAUAUCUGGUGAUCGUGAUUUUGCUAAUGCACUUCAUCAACUAAGCAUGAGGAGAUAUAACAUUCUUCUAGCUUACCCAACCGUGGAUGUUCCUUCCUCACUUUUAAGUGCUGCGAAGGCUAUAUGGCUCUGGAGAAGCCUUGCAAUGGGUGAACAGCUUAUGCCAACCAUUAAGGAUGUCAAACAAUUUGAUAAAAUAUUUGAUUAUAACAUUAUGUCAAAUGGGACAUACAAAAUACCCUCAGAAUUGAAUGUUGAUUUACCCAAGCCAAUGCUAAAAGAAUCAUUUUCAAAUGAUUUCAAUCGUUUCUCAGGAGUGCACAUGAAGAAUAGGUCUGGAAUUUUGUCUGAUUUUGAUCAGGAAAGAGGACAGUAUAUGUACGACAGUUGCAAUGAACGGUCUAAAACAGUAACAGGUUUGACAAAUGGAGAGAGACAUUAUGGUAAUAAGACAUACUUUCCUGAAACAAAUGUGCUGUUGGGUACUUCAUCUAUGGGACAAAUGUUUUCUUCUAGCAUUGAAACUAGAAUCUCCUCACCUCCAGAUUCAGAUGGGGCAAGGAGUAAACAACACUCACAACACCAUGCCAAGAACAAGCUAGAUUCAUUCAAGGACACAAAGCCUACUUUUAGUAAUACUAGAGCUAAUCCUAACCCAUCUGCAAAAGCAUGUCCUCCUCCCUUGAAGACUGGAUUCGCACCUGGAGCAAACAAUGUUCCAGCUAAAUUGAGAAAUCACAAUAAAAUGAAACCUAAGCAACCUUCCCAAGUAAGGCCUCCUUUUAUUCCUAAUAUAAUUCGUAGCUCCUCCCCCAGUUUAAAAAAUAGUUUCCCUUCCCAAACAAACCCUAAUUUUACAACUCAAAAUCAUCCUCCCAGCAGCUCAAUUUCAGCUGACUUGAGAGGUGAUAUAUCUGCUUUUGACAAAAUGAGUAUCUCAUCUGAUUUACAGCAAAGUUCCAACAUCAAACCUUCAAUUUGUGUUCCAAUCUCACAAUUACUUCCUUCCGAGAAGAAACCUCAAUACCCUACUAGUUUCAAGUCAAAUAUUGUAACUCAAACAGAAAGUUAUACAGAUGCAAUACAUGUUUCUACAUCUAAAUUGCCACUACCUCAACAUUCUGGAACAGAUAUAUCCCAUAGGGUUCACAUGAGGAUUAUUUCUCUGGCCAUGGAAACAUUGAAGCAAAAUAUGAUAGCACCAAUAGAACAAAAUCUUGAAGACUGUAUUAAGUAUGGAGAGAUGCAUAUUCCUAAUUUCAAUCUUCGAGAAAUAUUGGAUAGAGCUGUUGAGCAAAAGGAUAUAGUGGUGAUGAAAACAGGGGAAAGUUUCAAAGUAUAUCUUCCACGUAAGUCAGAUAUUUGGCAGUAUGUGGAUCCACUUAGCAUGCAUGAUGGAUACCCUAAAGAACUUUGGGAUGAACUAUAUAAAUAUCUCUCAAGCCAUGAAGGUUAUGAAGCUAUGAUGCAAUCCCAGAGCAGGUAUGAUGCAGCACAGAAGUUGAAGUCAUCAUGUCUUAAAACUCUUUUGUUAGGACAAAUUAUACACAUGUUGCACCUUGCCAUAAAGGUUAGACGAUGGUUGAGGCCUCAUCGAUCAGGAUGGUCGCCAUUAUCUAUUACCAUGGGGCAGAAAAGUGAAUCAUCAAGUUCUGAUGCUUGUAUUGAUGAUCUCCAACUUGUGCAGACAGGUAAAGAAAUAACUGUCACCAUGAAGCUAUAACAUAAAGAUCUUAACUCCAGACUUCAGGUUUGACAACUUUUUGAAUGGGAUGUCAAGGAAAGAUUAUGCUCUGUAUUAAUUCAUAUUAACUCAGCUUAUGGCAAUUUUAGUGAGAAGGGGAGUACAGGUCAGCUCAAAUUUGGCUUCAUAGAGGCAUAUAGAAAAUCUGUUUACAGUAUAUACGAGAAAGACUUCUGAUGUGGUUCUCCAUGUUAUCUGCUAAGUUCCUUUUAAUGCACAUGUCUAUUAGUUUUAAAUUGUUAAUCUACUACAGAACAGGUGAGAAUUACAUUAAUUUCAGGUGAGCUGAAUUAAUGAUAAAUAAGGAUUUUAAAAAUCAAAGAUACAGAUGCUGUAAGAAGGAUAGAGUGCACGGGUUUCUCCUUUUUGUUGACUCACCUCAGAUUCUAUAUCCAUCUAGGAUUUCAAAAUUCAUACCUUCCUGUCCGUUAUAGGUUCUCUUCAUUUCUGAAAUGAGGCUUGGACAUUAUAUUCAGAUCCAGAUUUCGGAAGUUUCAGAAUCCUAUGGUGGAAAGUUCUAUUUUUAGAAGGCAGUGGUGAUCUUCUUUGCAAAGGAGAAUGUUAAGUAGAUUUUUUAGAUGGUCUACUCAGUAACAUGUUCAAGGUGGAGGCUUGCAUGUUCAGAAAUCAGAUUUUGCCUCUGUAAUUCACAUAGCAUUGGUGAUUAUGACCAAAAUGUUGUGGUAUACAGGUUUCAAUAGCACAACUUUGUUCAAACUCCUUUGCUUCUGCUUACAACAUGGGAACAUGGGUAAAAUUCUAUUAUUGCCGUACAGUUUAAAUUGUCAAGUGUUGAAACCCCCUCUAUAUUGCAGUGUUAUUUGUGAAAGUGAGGGGAAAUGUUCUGCACCUGUUCCUUUACAUUCAGUUAAGAGCAGGUUUCUGGGAGUUCCAAUGAGGGUGGAUUAGGCUACUGUGGAUCAUAAUUCACUGAUAAUGAUGGCUAUGUAACCAGGGGUUAUUCAAUCUAGUCUGAUUCUAUAUAAGGAUACACAGUGCAUGAUGUUAGAAAUAGACUUCCGACACUAUCUAUAAGUUGAUAUUAUUAAAAUCUUAGUAGUGCCCUUGUAUGUUAACACCUUGUGCCAGCUAACGCCGCCUGGCGUUGCUUUUAUGCUGGAGGGGCAUAAUCACUGUCUCAACAGUUUCUCAUGCACCACAGGUACAUAAAAUAUAAAGAUUGACAGCAAAGUGAAUCUAGAACCAUUUUCAUAAAUUUUUAAUAGCUGGUAGUUGUUUCCACACUCACCAGGUUUCUAUGAAGCUUUAAAGCAGAAAGAGGAUGUGGGUAUGGUGCUCUUUGGUUAUGUGCACGAAGAAGAAGCUGGGUAUGCACAGGUUAAUAAAAUUCAGCACCAUCAAUGUGUGCAGAAAUGUUCUAUGAUUGCCAAUUAUGUUGUUCUACUAGAGUGGUUGAGGUGAUACCGUUCAAGCUAUGUUCCCCUUAAAAGAUUUACAUUUUGUUGCAUGGUAAUAGGGGGGAUUUCUGAAUGUGGUGUAUCAUAGAACGGUAUUAUUAUGAAUUCAUGAAUCUUUAAUCCAUGACAGGAUUUUUACUUCCUGGUUC